UUAUUUUUUAUUUGUUUUGUUGUAAUCUUAUCAAGUUUUAAUAUUAUUUCUUUGGCUAGAAGUGCUUUAAAUUGGGAUGAUUAAAAUUUGUUUUAUUCUUUUCCAUUAGAAUGUUUAGGGGAAGUGAAUCAUAGCUCAAAAUUCUGUGCAAGGUGUAUUUUGUAACUUUAUUAUACAGUAUUUAUUUUUGGUUUGACCAGUUGUUUUGCUCAAGACAUCAUGUUUCCAGAGGAUAAUAAUGAAGGAGAAUUACCCAUUGGUGAACGAAUUGGUAUGGAUGUGCCUUCUUGGUGGAACAACUGGAUGCCCAAUUCGAUUUAUCCUACUCUGAGCCAGCUAGAUCGUGCCCCUGACUCUGGGCCAUCUCGCCCCUUGAGACCCCCGCCCAAGUCCAGCCAGGAUAUCAUCACUGUGGUCCCCUGCCAGUGUCCCUUCACCCCCCAGUACAGCCCUGUCUGUGGAUCCGACGGUCAGAGCUAUGGCAACAUGGCCAUCCUGAACUGUUACCGCACAUGUGGCUUUGAUGUAACAUUCGUUCGUGCCUCAGCAUGUGCACAAGUGGCAGGGAUCCGAGAAAAUCCACAGAGAAAUUAAGAAUAUAAUAUAAUCUAAUGAAUAUGCAAGGUUUUGAGAACUUUUAAUAAAUUAACUUUAAAUUACGUGUAAAGACUGACUGAAGUGCUCAAACUAUUUAUUUAUUGUAAUUUGAUAUACUAAAUAAAACGUUUUACAGAAUUUUGAA